GAAAUGGCCUCCAAAAGCAAGAUUCUGAUCAUCGGAGGAACUGGUUACAUCGGAAAACAUAUAGUGGAAGCAAGCGCAAAAUCUGGUCAUCCAACUUUUGCUCUUGUAAGAGAGUCAACUCUUUCUAGCCCUGCUAAGGCUAACAUCAUUGAGAAUUUCAAGAGCCUGGGCGUCAAUUUCUUGAUUGGAGAUUUAUAUGAUCACGAAAGCUUAGUAAAGGCUUUAAAGCAAGUCGAUGUUGUGAUCUCUACAGUGGGUCAACUUCAGGUACCUGAUCAAGUCAAGAUCAUAGAUGCCAUUAAAGAAGCUGGGAACAUCAAGAGAUUCCUUCCUUCAGAGUUUGGAAACGAUGUAGAUAGAACAAAUGCAGUUCAGCCAGUAAAAUCAGCAUUUGAUGACAAAGUUAAGGUUAGAAGAGCCAUUGAAGCUUCAGGAAUUCCUUAUACUUUCGUAUCUUCCAACCUUUUUGCUGGCUAUGCACUUCCCAAUUUGAACCAAUUUGGAGCAACUGCUCCUCCAAGAGAUAAAGUUGUAAUUUUUGGUGAUGGAAACGCCAAAGCAAUUUUCAACAACGAAAAUGACAUUGGCAUUUAUACAAUAAAAGCUGUGGAUGAUCCAAGAACCUUGAACAAGAUCCUUUACAUUAGACCUCCAAACAACAUCUACUCUUUCAAUGAUCUUGUGUCCUUGUGGGAGAGGAAGAUUAACGCUACCCUUGAAAGGAUCUAUGUUCCUGAGGAGCAACUUCUCAAGAAUAUUCAAGAAGCUGAAUUUCCAGUGAACAUAAUAUAUGCUUUGGGUCAUUCUGUGUAUGUGAAGGGAGAUCAAACCAACUUUGAGAUUGAAGCAUCAUUUGGAGUUGAAGCUUCAGAGCUUUACCCUGAUGUCAAAUAUACUACUGUGGAUGAAUACCUUAGUCUCUUCGUCUGAGUUGAUCCUUUCAAUAAUCUCCGGUUGCCAUCUUGGGUUUUUCAGUUUCUUUUUUUUCUUUCUUUUAAAUGUAAUUUCCUUUUUUUAAUUUAUGCUUUUGGCUUUGUUGUAUUUUAUGAAAAUAAAAUGUUAUCGCUGUUUUUUUUGCAUUGAGCGAGUAAAAUUCGACCUUGAAUCUAUUGUCUUGUUA